CCGCAAGUGCAUUCAAUCAUUCAAGUGGCGACAGGAGACAGUGAAAAUAUUUGCGAAAGGACAACGGCACGAAAGGAUAAGCGAGCGAGUGGAUGCCAAAAGCAAUAUAAAAAUUGGAGAAAAUGCUACAAACAGUGCAAUGUUGUUGGUGUUUUUUCUAGCAAAUCAUAGCUAAAUGUCAACAAAGCAAUUGCUUUUGUAUGCAUAACUGACAGACGUUACUGACUGUUGUUUGACACCAGCGCGCAGAAAAUGCCAAAAAGCAGCAUGAAAACAAAGUGAAUACAAUAAUCAGCAAUCAAAGUAGACAAAAGGAAGCGCAAGCCAGCAUCACCCAACCACGACGACAGCAAAGUAACACGGCAGCAGUAGAAAUAGCAAUAUUGUAGCAUACACUCAGGCGCUAACAGAGCAGUUGAGCAGGAAGCGCUGCAAACUGAUGCGAGUAAAAAGUGAAAUAAGUGAAGCGAAAAUUUUCAAAAAUCGGCAGUGAACUAAAAAUUAAAUAUUUCAAAAAAUUUAAUUUAAAAAAAUCAUCACAAAAAAAGUCAUUAAAAAUAUACACAGGAAGAUAAGUUUGCAGCAGUGUGUGGGGAAAAAAUUAUAUAAAAACUUUUGCUCGCAUGCGGCAUGCCAUUGAGUAACUGUAAGGCGUAGCUAGAACAACAAAAACAGAAGCAGAUGUUCACAAGACAGCAGCUGCGUCAACAACAAUAGAAACAACAACAACAAUAAUAUUUGUAAAGCAACGAAACGCGAUUACAUAAAUAUUAAUUAGCAUAAAAGUAGAGUUGAAGGCGUUCGAUCGAAGUCAACGCACAGCAGCGUGUGUCCAAGCACACACUCCCAAACACAAGCGCGAGCAUAGAGGAAGUGCCCAGUAAUGGCAGCGCGAGCAUAUUGAUUGCACAACAACAAGUUAGCUAGUGAAUAAAAAGUUACAAUUUAAUUGAAAGACAGUGAAACAAAGACUAAGUGCGAUAGAAUUUGGUAUUUGUUGUACAACAACAAGAACAAAUUAAAAAAAAAAACUUACGAAAAAGGAGUGUUAAUAAAUUUGAUACAGAAAAAAGUAAAAAAAAAAACAAAAUAGAAGAGCCCUGGAAACUACUUCAUACGAUUCAAAGCAAAAAAAAGCAACGCACACUGUAAGCAGAACAAAUAGCAAUAACAAAACUAAAGCAGCAGCAAAACUCAUUUAAGGCAUAGAGCAAUAUGGCUCGCGUAAUGCUCGCAACUACAACGCAUACUAACUCCAUAAUCUUUACUGCGCUGAUAAUCGCCCUUCUACAGCUCGCCGUCUUCACUAGACUAGGUGUCGCGUUUAUCCCUACGGUGGCGCCGGCACCUGCGGCCACAGGGGCACAACUCUCGAGUAGUAUUCCACAAACCGAAACUAAUGCCAAUACCAUUGCAUCCUCGGCCGUGCUUGAGCAUGGUGUGUCCACAACUAGUACGCCACUACAGACGCCUGCCGUCUCCACCAGCGAACCUGUGGUGGGCGCCGAAACUGCUUUAGAAUCUGUUAGCACAGCUGCAUCGCUCACGUCCACCACUGCAAGCACUACAACAACUACUGCUACCACUGCGCCUGAACAUGAUAUCAUCGGUUCGCCUGGUCCGGACAAGCGUGAGCAAGAAGCCAUCUUGAAGGCGUUGGAUUGGUUAAAGGAAAAACGUGCUGCUGAUUAUGGUUGGGGCAAUGAUACGCAUGUCGUUAUUUUGGCUAAGGAAUUGUCCGGCGCACGUGAUCCCACUGACGCCGAUGGCCACUUGCAGAUCAUACAAGAGCUGGAGGAUACAUUGUCCGUGAAGGAGAUGGAAAUUGAAAUAUUGGCCAUGCUGGAUCGUCAUCAUACGCUGCCGAAACCGCUGAAUUUGGAGAAACUGGCGCGUUACGUGCUGGCACUCGGUUCGCUGUGUAAGGAUCCGAAACAUUUUCAUGGCCACGACUUAGUCGCCACGCUGCAGCAUCAUGAACCGGCGCAAGAUAAUGAGUUCGCCUUAGCCACGCUGUCGGCGUGUAGUGCGGCUGCGCAUGUGCGCAAGCGCCAAAUACGCCGACUGCUGGAUAUAGCGAGCGGCGUAACGGAUCAGGGUGUGGACACCAUUGCCAUGGUUAUAUUGGCGCUACGCUGCAUUGUGACCGAUCAUCGGCAUCGCCAUCUACAGCACUUUGUACGACGGCCUGCCAGAGGAUUGGCCAGUUUGCAGGAUCCACGCGGCGGCUUCGGUUCACUGCGCAGUACUGCAUUGGCUAUGCAGGCAUUGCAAGAUCUCGAGCAUGAUCCCGCCGGCUCCUGGAACCGUACCGCCGCAUCAAAGUGGAUAUUGAGUCGGCAACGUGAGGACGGCGGUUGGACUGAAGAGCCACUGCACGAUGGACAGGACCCCGGCAUCGGCGUAGGUUUGACCGCGGACAUUAUACUGGCGUUGGGUUGGAAGGGAUUGGGUGCAGUGCGUGCACUACAGUGCGAUCAUGUGAUACGCGAGAACAGUGAUCCAACUUCAGAAAAUGGCGAACCAAAACUAGCUGUACCCUAUGGACUUACAUCAUCGGCCGAGGAGUCGGACUCGAAGAAUGUCUCCUACACAUACACACUGUGGGUGGGCUCGAAUGUGACGGAAACGUUCUCGCUCUCGCUGGUCUCUCCAAAGAACACCAGUUUCUUCAAGGCCAUGACACAGGCUGCCGAUUUGGAUCCACGAUUUGCUUUCGAGGCGCGUGAAUGGCCUAACGGACACUAUGUACACACAUUAGCCGGCAAAAAAGAGGAGCCCAGGGGGUACAACUACUGGCUGCUGUAUCGUUUGCCUGAGUUACCAGAUCCUAAUAAUGCACCAGGCAAUCAGCUGAUUGCACCAGUUGGCGUCGACGAGCUUAUGGUCGAGGAUGGUGAGCAUUACUUAUACUGGUAUAAAAAGCUCUAAGCUCUCUCUCAGCGUAUCACACAAGCAGCAAUAGACGUAAAAAUUAAGCGAAAAUAGUGGGUGGAAGAGUAAGAACAAAACAAACUACAUAUACAUAUAUAUAUAUAUAUAUAAUAUAAUAAAACUAAUAUAUACACACAUACAUACAAUAUACUGCUAUGAAUAACAGGAGGCCAUAAAUGAUACGGUAAAUGCGAAUACAAAUAUACACAACAAAUAUAUGUAUGUAUACAUACAUGCAUAAAACUACAUUAACGGUAAAUACAGUUUAAGAGUGUGAACUAAAAAUUUCAGAAAUGAAAACUGAAAAAGCAAAAAACGGAAAACUACAACUAAAAGCGAAUAAAUCAAACAAAAGUUCCGCGCUUUAGCCAAGACAAGGGCAAAAUUAAGUAAUAAA